GUGUAUAUAUAGAGUACCAGUCAAAAGUUUGGACACACCCAUUCACUAGAAUCGGUGGGUCCAAACUUUGGACUGGUACUCUCUAUAUUUUUUCAUAUACAUAUUGUAUAUGUUUAUUGUUGAUGUAGAAAUCUGGAUUAAAAAAAACGUAGCUGUGAUUCCUCAGUCAUUUCUCUCAUUUUUCCCAAGCCAAAAAAGCAGUAUACUUAGUGUAGUAUUUUGUAACCGCUAAUGUACUUCAAUCCUAUUUAAACACUAUUUAGUGUAUACUAAAGUAAAUAUAAACAACAGAAGCGGUUCCAAAAUAAUAUACUUUAAGUAUACUUCUCUUUUGGCUUAGGUUAAUGAAAAACUAGAAUGCCAAAAUAAAGUCUCCAGAAAAUUGUCAAUCUUUUGUCCAUCAGAUUCAUCCAUGUGUCAGAUCACCAACUGUACUGUGACUGCAAUUGGUGCCCUGCUGAAUGCUAUUGAAGACCACCCUAAUGGUCUGGAGGAUCUUAGAAGGAUCGUAAAUAUGCAAAAUAUGUGCCCACAGUUGUUUACAGACAAUAAAGUCAUGAAGAUGUUGUAUAUUGGUGUCGAGCGGAACAUCAUACAAAACAUAAUGAACAACUCCUUCAGUGGAGACUCUGUGUCCUACAACCUUCAGGAUCUGUCCAUGACUGUGGAUAACCUGACCAACCUAACCAGUGCAAAUGGCAAUAUUAUACAAAUAAAAGCCCCAGAGAUCCUCAUCCAUAACGGUACUUAUAUUCCGGAAACCUGGAUCCCUACCGAUGCCUUUCAGGGCAUCGCAGAGGACCAAAGGAAAGUGAGCGUGGUCAUCUAUAAACCAUCCAACCAGUUUGUGUUUAACAACACAGUCUUGAUAACCCCAGUCAUGCGAAUAGAGGCGUUGGGCGGCAUCCUUAAGAACCUGAACAAUCCAUUGAUGAUGAAGUUCCAAUUGCUCGACCCAGAUAGUACAUCAGUGAAUUACUCAGCAUCAUGUCAAUAUUUCAAUGAAUAUGGGAACGUGAGCAUAUCAAACAAUGUGUUUUGGGAAACGGAUGGUUGUCAAACCAAGAUCAAUGGCAACCUGGUGGAAUGUAGCUGCAAUCACGCUACUCCGUUUGCUGUACUACUGAUUCCUAACAUGCCAUAUGACGAUAACAACUGGCAAAUAUUGUCUUACAUCACCUAUAUCGGCUGUGGCUUAUCUGCAUUCUUCACCGCUCUAUCCCUCAUCACUUAUGUUUUCACCAGGAACAGAAGUGUAGACCACGCCAACGCCAUCCACAUUUCACUGAGUGGGGCUUUGUUCCUGCUCAACUCUUUCUUCAUACUCAACGAGUGGGUGGCCAGUCUAGGGAUCAAUGGUGUGUGUAUCUUUAUUGCAGUGGCCAUUCACUAUAGCCUGUUAAGCAGUUUCACCUGGAUGGCCAUUGAAGCUGUCCACCUAUAUAUACUCCUGGUCAAGGUGUUCAACAUUUACUACCGACAUUAUAUGGUUAAGCUCUCUGUCAUUGGUUGGGGAGUCCCAGGAGUUGUUGUGGGAAUUUCAUUGGCAUUCCAGAAUACUCAACAUUUUUAUGGAUCUACAGUUACUACCUUGGCAAACUCUAACAAAACCAAUACAAUCUGCUGGAUCACAAACAUCACUUUCUUCUAUGGUGUGAACCUUGGCUACUUUACCUUCACAUUUGUCAUGAACUCUGGCAUUCUGUUAACGGUGACCACGCGGAUCUGCCAGCUGAAGUGCCUCGACAACAAGCACAAGGCGGGAAAGGGAAGCCUGGUCUUUAAAGACGUCUGCACCGUCCUAGGUCUCACCUGCCUUCUGGGCGUUACAUGGGGCCUGGCCUUCCUCUCCAUCGGCUACUACAACCUUGUCAUCCUCUAUCUGUUUACCAUCUUCAACUCCCUUCAAGGAUUCUUUAUAUUCCUGUGGAUCUGUGGCUCCGUCAGGAAGGAAAGGGAGCUUGCUGCAAAAACUAAGAGCACAGCAGUAGCAAUGAACACUUCUGUAGCCAAAUCCAAGGAGGGGUUUUCCGAGGGGAAUAAUCCCUACCAGUGAACCAUUAAGCUCUCACGAUCUUCAUUCAACAGCCAAGCUGUGUGACGUGCACUAUUCGUUUUCAUUAUCUGUAAUAUGAAAGGCACCGAUGGAUUGUACAAGUGCUCAUAGCGUCUCACCAUGUCAGAUUUCUUCAAAACCCAAAGGAUUAAUCUUGGGCAUCUUCACAUUCACCACACCUAAAUCAAGACCGAAAGGCAAAUAAUUACAAUGAGCUUAGUGCCCUCAAUUGCAGAUGGCAUUAAUGGUUCGCUGUUGAAAAAAAUAUUUUUGCUAAUAUUUGAUAUACAUGAUUAAUACAGCUAAGAACAGCUUUUGGAUAAUUGAUGAUGUCCGGAUAUUUAAAAUGUCCUAGGACAAUCAUAUUGAUGUUAGCUACCUAGCUAGUUGACAGAUAACCAUAUAUUUUGAGAACAAUGUUACAAACUAAUAGCCAUAACCUGAUAUCUUUACAUCUGGAAAUUAUUGUCCAUUUAAUUACCAAUAAAUCCAACCAAAAUGUAAGAGUUUUCUUCCCAGUGACAUCUGCUGUCUCAGUAACAGCUGUACGCACACUCCAAAAACAAGAAAAAGGAAACCUGUUCAGUGCCGAUUUGAUGCUUUUUGUCCUCGAUCCGAUAUCAAGUAAUACCAAAGCUAGUAUGCUGAUACUGAUAUUUCUUGUGUACAUAUUUACCAGUUGUAAUGAAAUGACUGGACACAGUCAAAUAUGCCUCUGUUGACCUUGAAAUCCAAAUGUCAGAUGUGAGAACAACACAGUGUACCAAUUGAGGUCUAUCGUACCCUCCAUCAAUCGUUUGCGGCUUGGGAUUUUAUAGCACCAAUCAAGGGACUUAAAUUCAUUAAAACCUCUGACUCCAACAGUCGAGAAUGGCUGGAGGUCCUUCACAGUCAUCUCUCCCAGACUUCCUGUAAUCUCUGCUAUUUGGGUGACCAAUGGGGAAAAACGUAUUUUCCUAAAAGCUAAACUGAAUGUAUUUAAGUCUUUAUCUGGACCGUAUAACAUACAACCUAAAAUGAUUAGAAUAAGUAGAUACAUUAAAUUAUUUAUAUGAGAAGAGUUUAAUUCCAAACUGCAUUAUCCACAAUUUGAUGAGUGACAGUUUUUCCUCAAAAUUGAUAUAAUGAAUUAACAUACUGUUUGAAAACUUUUACAUAGUCGGGAACAUUAACCUUAGUCGGUUUAGAGUAUUCGUGUACAUGUAAAUGCACCCACUGUAUUCUGCGCUGUGAUAUUUUGCAGAAAAUAAUGAGUAUUUCCUGCUUUCUAUUGAAAUGAUUAAAAUAAACUAAUGUCAAUGGAUAAUUCCUGCCUCUAAAAGGCUUGCGUUAGACAACUCUGCCUCACUCUGUCUUCAGAUGUUGGGGUGUUUGCCUGUGUUUUCUCUCCCUUUGAUCGCCUCCGCCAAAAUAUCUUACAGACUUCACAAAGAUCACAUGUUGCUUCAUUUUCAUUCUGCUACAACGGUCAAACUAUAUUGAAUAAAAACGAUUCCUUUCACAAAUAUAAAUGUGGGCUAAAUACAAGCUUAAUUGCCUGAUUGGAGACGAUAUUAACAGUGGCCAAAUCAGAAGGAAACAGUGAUGAACAAUUCCGCACUUUGUUACAAUUCAUAAUCCAACAGUAUAGGCCAGAACCAACUGAAGCUGCGCAUUGUAAAAAAAUCCUUGCCAAAUAACUGUCAUUAAUACUCAAAUGGCCUCUUUUAAAAAAUAAGUGUAUAGCCACAAUCAAUGAUGGGUCUGCAGUGGGCAGUAUUUAUUAUACAUGUAUUUAAAACGUAAAACGUAUUUCAAACACAAUAGGAUUUUAUCAUUUGUAUUUGAUAGGGUUGAUGAAAAUGGCUUCAUUUUUUUUUUUUAAAUACUUGUGUUUUCCAUUGCUGGAUUGAACUGGCAAGUCCGUUUUGGUUAGGCAUCAGUAGUUAAAGAGACCUUUGCAAUGUAGGCCACAGAGCAAUACUCCCUCUCUCACACACACCCACACACUCAAACAAAUGAUCAGUUCCAAGUCUUUUAAUUCCUUAAUUUUACCAAUAAAUGUUCUAUGUACAGUGGGGAGAACAGGUAUUUGA